GUUCUCUCUUUAAACCGACGACUUUAGCUAGCGUUGACUUCGUGAUUUGGGGAAUAUGUAAUAAUGCAAAUAUAUAAGCAAAAUAAUAAUAAUAAUAAUAAUAAUGCAAAUAUAUAAACCUCGUAAACUUUUUAUUAGUAAGAUUCACCCAAGAAUUAAUACAUAGAUAUAGAGUCCCCAAAGAAUUCAAACAAAACCAGAGAGAGCUAGCUAGUUUGGAAGAUCAAAUUAAGCAAAGAAAAUUAUGGCUCCGCCACCAUCCACCGCAGUGCCACCCCUAGUAGGCUUACUUGUGAGGAUAGUGACGCUUGUUUGCCUACUCGUUUCAAUAGUGGUCCUCGUUACCACCUCUUAUACUGACACAACCGGCGACGAAGUCUCCAAACUCAAAUUCAGCGAUUUCUAUGCCUAUCGGUACCUUCUUUCUGCUUCAGUAGUUGGUCUAGCCUAUAGUUUUCUUCAAACGGCUUUGACUGUACUCCUGGUUACCACCGGAAACCGGAUCGGGGCCGAUAGCAUGCUUCUGUUCGAUUUCUACGCUGACAAGGUGAUAUCAUAUGUAGUCGCGACUGGAGCUGCUGCAGGUUUUGGACUAUCUGUGGAUUUAAAGCGUCUGCUAAACGCAGUAGAUACCUCAGAACUGAACACUUUUCUGCACAAGGCCGAAGCCGCUGCCAGUCUUUGCCUUCUGGCCUUUGUGCUUACCGCACUCUCUUCUAUUUUCUCUUCCUUGUCCCUCCCAAAGCGGGUUCAGUAAAUCAUUUUUCCAAUCCCCUUCCCAACUCAAAAAGUCUACAGAACAAAUUAAACACCGAUUCAUUUGUUCGAUCGGGCCGGUUUUUUACUGUAACUUUUAAGGUUUGUACUUGCGUUUUUAUUUCAUGUAUCAUUCGCGCGUGUUCUAUAUAUGUUGUGCUUGAGAACAUUGAAGCUUCUUGUUGUUGACUUUCCACUGGUAUUGUUUGUAUCUAUGUAUUUUGAGAAUUUGUUAAGUAUCAGAAAGAUUUACUUCAUUAUUGAAUUUGUAUUUGACACAUAAAUUAAUUAUUAAAUAAUUAUUUUCUGAAGUUAUAUACAAAGUCUAAAACGACUUAAAUUUUUUUUGAAUAUAUUAUGCAUCCGGUGUCCAAAAUUAUUGCUCCGACUAAUCCGAAUUCGAGUCGGGUAGGUCCUUUUCAGGAGACAAAACUCUCCCAACAAAUAUUAUAAUCACUGUUGUAUGCCUAUGUCCAGGUUUGAACUCAGGUCAUAGUUAAACUGGUCCAAUACUUUUACCACUUGGACCAAUGUUGAUAAAACGACUUGAAAUGGAGGGAGUAUUGAGUGUAUGAUCAUGGUUAUUUUGGUCCUUUUGAGUACGCAUUGAAUUCAAGGUGCUAGUAAAGUUUGAUUAUGUAUUAUUUGAUUCAUGCAUGCAAACUGAAGUAAACGAAUUUUUUUUAAUCAUAUGGAUGACAAAUAAUCUUUCAAAAACAAUGUAGAUGAUUAAUAAUAAUUGUUGAGGCGUCUGAUUUUAGGAUAAAAUCAAGCCAAAUAAGGAAGCGGGGGGACCGUUUAAAUCAAAUAAAGGAUAUGAAGUUCUGAACAAAUCAACAUAAAUUAUUGGACAAACAAAGAUGAAGAAACAACCUUACAUCAAUUAAUUGCACAGUGUGAAAAUAGAAAUAAAUGCACGCAAGCCACCCGGACAAAAAUCAUAAUCAAGUGAAUGUUUUCACACUCUGUGCUGACU